AAAUAUUUUAGCCCGGUCCGGGCUGGGGCAGUAAACCAGGCCCAGACGCACGUCUGGACGAGCAGCAGGUGAAGGACGGCGCCGCGGAGGACCAUCCCGACACCAGCGUGGUCAACCAGAACCAGGACCUCAGUCUGAACGACCCGCAGAGAAAGGACGGCGCCGCGGCGGUCGAGGAGCGCAAGGAGCAGGGAGCGGCGGUUGAGAAGGCCUCACCAUCCUGCCCCAAAUUUCGUUUCACCUUCGAAAUGGCGAUGCCAAAUGGUUCAAACGGCUCGGAGUCUAUGGAGUGCCCGGAAUUCUUCCUCCCACUAUUUUCAGCAUUCUCAGGCACUCGCAGCAGGCUGGCUGCGCUUCCUGAAGCUGCUUUUACGCUCCCUGAAGCUGCCUCUGCGCCACCUGCUUCUUCCAGAGUUGUUGUCACCGAGUAUGUCGAGCCACCUGAGCCUACUGAUGUAGUACAGGCUCCCGAGGAGGAGGAAGAAGGGGACAACGUUAUUGACCUGACAGAAUACGAAAGUCGUGACUUCGGUUGUGUGAGAGACCGAUGGUUCUAA